AUGAAUUUCUUUUUCUCCUUAAAACGGAUGAAAUAUUUUGAUUUUUCUCUCCUUCUUUUUAAAUUAUUUUAUCACUUAUUCUUUUAUUAUUCUUUAUUUUUAUUUUCCUCUUUUGUUUUUCUUUUACUUUUCUUCUUCUUUUUAUUUCUUCUCUUUUCUCGUAAUCUUUUUACAUUCUUUACUUUUUUCUCUUUUUCUUACUAUCUGUCAUUGUUUCAUUUUUUUAUUGGAUUUUUAUUCACUUCGCCUUUUAUAAUCGGCUUCCUUUUCUUCUCUCUUUCUCUCUCUUUAUUUCUUAUUCACUCUUUUUGUCUCUCUAUUUCUCCCACUUCCUCUCUCUCUUUCUCCCUUUUUUCUCUAUUUAUCCCUCUCUUUCUUUCUCUCCCUCCCUCUUUCUCCAUCCCUUUCUAUCUUUCUCCUUCUCUCUCUCUGCCUUUCUUACAAGGAAAUGCCUCAGAAUACAUGUUUCUAUCUAUCUAUCUAUCUAUCUAUCUGAGUGUUAUAACCAAUCCAUACAUCCAUCCAUUCAACUUUUCUUGCUUUUACUUUUUCUUAUCUUUUCAUUUUCUUUCUUUCUUUUUUAUUUCUUUUAUUCUUUUUAAUUGUUCAUUUCUUACUUUUUCUUUCUCUUUGCCAUUUCUUUUUUUUCUUCAUAAUUUUUUUGUCUUUUUCCUUUCUUUUUAUAAUUGUUUUUUUUUAUUUUUAACACUUUUUCUACAUAUUACUUCGAACUGUUGUUUCUUAUUUAUUUUCUUUCGUUUUUCUUUCUUUCUUUCUUUCUUUCUAAUUGUUUUCAUUACUUUUUCCUUUGUUUUUCAUCUUUUUCUUCCUUUCUUUUUAUAA